GUGUAAAAGUCAUCCCUCUAAAUUUCUCCACAAUGACACCCUACUUCUUGAGUCUCAUUAUGCUGGCUGCCUUCUCCAAAGGAGGCCUCUCCCAGGUAGUCCUGACCCAGUCAGAUCCAGUGCUGAAGAAACCCGGAGAAGCCCAUAAACUGACUUGCGCUGUCACUGGAUUCGAUGUUAACAGCUACACUAUGUAUUGGAUAAGACAGAAACCUGGCCAAGGGCUGGAAUGGAUUGUUUACUAUUAUUCAUCUAGUAGCAAUGCUUAUUCGCCAACAAUCCAAGGACGAUUUACUGCCUCCAAGGACAGUCCCAACUUCUAUCUGCAAAUGAACAACCUAAAAGCUGAGGACACGGCUGUCUAUUACUGUGCAAGAGACACAGUGAAAGAUCACUUAAGGAUGUCAAGGGUCUUCUCGGAGAUUCAGCUUGUAGAAUCUGGUCCAGGAUUGGUGAGACCUGGAAGUCAACUCAACCUAGUUUGUAAAGUCACAGGUUUCUCCAUUGCUACUUCUUCAUCUUAUGCUUGGGAUUGGGUCAGGCAACCACCUGGGAAAGGUCUCGAAUGGCUUGCAUCCAUAAAUGUCAAUAAUGGAGGCAAGUGGUAUGGAAACUCUGUAAAAGGUCGUGCCACCAUUUCUGCAGAUCAGUCCAGGAACGAGUUCUCCCUCCAACUGAAUUCAGUCUUAGCUGCAGACUCAUCUGUAUAUUUCUGUGCCCGAGAAUACACAUUGAAACAACCUCUAUUUGGACUCUGUACAAAAAAAGAGGAAAUCAUUUUCAUGAAGUGUAUUCUCUACUAA